AUGUCUGUUCCUAUAUAUCACGAUGGUGGCGUUGUCGAUACAACCUCGCCUCUGAAUCUCGCUUCGCUCGCUGGUAAAUCCGUUAUUGUGACAGGAGGAGCCAAUGGUCUUGGAAGAGCCUACACUGAGGCUUUCAUGAAAUCUGGGGCAUUUGUCACAAUCGCAGACGUUGAUGAAAAAGCCGGCGAACGCAUCGCGUCCGAGCAUUCAGGUAAAGCACAAUUUGUGAGAUGUGAUGUGCACGUCUGGGAAGACCAAGUCUCCGUCUUUGAGGCUGCGGUAAAGAACUCGCCAAACCAAAGUUGCGACAUUGUGAUUGCAAAUGCCGGAAUUGUAGGCACAGACGACUUAUACAGUCAAGAAGAUCCAACGCAACCUCCCAUUAGACCGAAUUUAAGGAUUCUUGAGAUCAAUCUCAUCGGAAUGGUAUACACUACCAAGCUGGCUAUGCACUACUUUAGACGGCAACCUCAGAGCUCCUCCCGCGAUCGAUGCCUGAUUCUCAAAGGAAGCAUCGCCGCUUACGCUGACCAGCCAGGAUCACCACAGUACAACGCAUCAAAAUGGGGAGCUCGAGGACUGAUGAGAAAUCUACGCCGCACUGCGUGGCGGGAUGGUAUUCGGGUAAACUUUGUUGCGCCUUGGUAUGUCCGAACUCCUAUCCUCUCGGACGUAGUCGUCGACUUUCUUCAAGAUAAGGGUGUCAAAUUUGCCACGAUUGAGGACUGUGCCAAUACAAUGCUGCGCAUCGCCUCGGUAAAAGGGACAAAUGGCAGAGCAUUUGGCGUUGUGCCAAAGGAAGAAUGCCCGUCUGGAUGUAUGGACUUGAGACAUGAUGAUUAUGAAACAGGUGACUUCCUUAAGGGAUGGCAGGAGAUUGUGCUGGACACGGCGCAAUCUAUUGUUGACUUAGCUUAAGC